AUGGCUCACUAUCAGAAUGGCCAGCCACCAUAUGGUCAGUCUGGUAAUUCCGCACAGCCUUCCCGCUACGACCUGUAUACCUCCGCCUCCUCUAACUCGCAGAAUAAUCCGACACUCCGGAGGAUGCCGAGUUACAGCAUAGGGGACGAUGCGGGUCUCUUUGCGCCGUCUCAUUCUCAUAACCCACGGCCGACAGAUGCAAGCGCUCGUUACUCGGAGUGGGGUGCUGGGGACUCCCAAGGGGGUUACAGCAAUGACCGACAGGAGUACGCAGACCACCCCAGAUAUGCGCACCUCCCCUCCGCAACCUCAUCUCAAAUUCCUCGUAGUCGCGCUUCCUCGCAGUCCAGUUAUCAGUACCAGUAUACCUCAUCCAUUGCCUCGCCGACCCAGACGGCGUACAACCCCCAGCAAUACGCCGUCCCUUCGACGCCGUCGCAAUUAAAUUACAACCCCUUGGCAUACUCUAGUGCAAGCAGCAGCUCGGCCCUAGGUCAUCAACCGUACAAUCCAGCCGCUUACCAAACCACCAGCGUCGCUGGCUACAGCUCGGCCGGUGUGCAGCGACACCCGAGUAUCGGCUACGCGCAAGCACCUCCGACACCGCUCUCCUAUGCACCGCCGGUUCCCUCACUACCGCCGCCACCGCCCCCGCGAGGUCCAGAUCAUCCGUAUGGAAGUCGUUUGUCACCGCAGUAUAGCAGCAGUACUUCUCCCGGGACACCGUACGGGUUGGCUCCAACGACCUCAUCCUACAACCUUGCCUCCCCGUCAACCCCCGGCGCAACCUAUGUGUCAUCGUUCGCCGGCAUGGGUUCGGCGCAGUCUCGCCCCUACUCUAGUGGAUCCUAUGGACCGUCCUCUCCUCGCCGAUCCGAGUCCGCCACCGCCGCAUCCAAUGAAGACCAGCCCCCGGAGCCCCCCGCCCAUGCGUCGUCAGGCGAAGAUCCUUACGGGAAACGACUCAGCUUGACUCGUCCCGGCUCUGGGCGAUCUCUGCCAACCCCGCCGAUCUACCCCCCUCAGCCUCAAAUGUCACCGCAGAGAACAGAUACCUUGACUCGACAUCCCCAGUCGCGCCCGCUGCCUGGUCCACCUGUCGACGCAGAGGACGGUUCUGCCCCAUUAACGAACGGAGGGAGUGUGCAUGGCAGAUCGGAUGGGAGAGCCGGCUAUGAUGACCUGUUGAGAGAAGUCGAGGCGGCGGUGUUAGACGCUGGGGACCGAAGUAGUCUACGGUCGUUGCGUUUGGAGGCGCAGAAUUCCAACCACGGAGGGGAUGGACUGCGUCUCUCUCCGGAUGAGAAGCAUACGCACACCAAUGGGAACAUGGCAACUGGGACGGGGCAGUAUGUCAAUUAUGAUGCCUAUAGCGACGACAGCGAUGCCGAAGCGGCCGCAGGUCUCGCGAUGUUGCAGAUGGCCGACGAGGAAGACAGGAUGCGGGCUGAGCGUCUGCAGGAGCGCGAACGACGCGAGACAAAUGCGUCCAUCAUUAGUGCAUAUGCCAGUCAACAACAGCCAGAAGCAAGUGAUGAGGUAGCGCGGUACGGUGGAAACCUCCGGGGACAGAACCAGUACGAGGAGCAGGACGUAUCUGCCGACGAAUACGCUGAUGCAGUCGACCAUGGCCGACUGCCGCCCACAUCCGGCUCGAGGAGCUCGAACAUGUCCGCGGAGGAUCGUGGGGAAUACUCGGACGAGUACGAGUAUCCUCCUAUCUCCCAAGACGCUGAUUAUCCCUUCGAACUUGUGCCGUCCUAUGCACGCGUUGAUGCCGGCGGCACAGGUGGACUGUCCGAGCCGAGUGCCUAUACACGGCGGAUGAGCUUCGAUUAUGGGGACGAGGGAACAUUAUCACCAGUGCGUCGUUCCCAUCAAUCAGGUAGCGACGAUUCAGACAGGGGAGAAGAGCCCGGAGACCUCUUUUUUCACCCCGGCAUGCGACCCCUACCGCCAGCGCCGGUGGAACCCGCGAACAGAGCUGAUUUGAUCCCGCAUUUGAUGCCGGCGGGGACGUACCGGCAUCAGGAGCAGGGAGAUUGGCAGAGUGCUACUCAGUAUACACCCUCUUACUACCCUGUUUCUGCUGACUCGUACGGGCCGACCGUGCCUAGCCCCUCAUCUCAAGUCCCACGGUCGACCUCUUUAUCGAGUCACCCGAUUGGACCUCGUACUGACCCCCCUAUCAGAUCCAAGACCGAUGCAGACCGGGCCAAGUACAAGCAACAGCACGACCUGCACCGCCAGUCGGGGUCACCGAAGGUGGCGUCUCCCCAGGCUGCUGCAGCGAUGACCCUGGAUCUGCCCACGAUUCCCGCCGGGCGCCGCAAGAAGUUCAAUCCCACCAAACUGUCCACGGAGCAGUUCCGUCGUUGUACGGAACCGUGGGCGCUGAGUGCCAUUCUCGAAUGGAUUCGAGAGCUGAGCGAGGAAGAGACUGAUCUCAAGGAGCACACGAUAGUCGACGCCAUUGUCGCCUUGUUUACUCAUAAGGUGCCGACGAUGAACAUUGCGGACGCAGAAACAUUAGCCGCCCGUGUCGUGCAGAACAUGUUGGCGGAGGAGGCCUUGAUCAAAGAGGAGGAAUGGGUUAAGUUCGGCAAUGGGUCUUUGUCGGGUGUUUUAUUCCAGAUCACCGGCACAGGAUGCUAUUCAUCUCGGUUGCACGAGCAGGAAACAGAGGUCUUUGGACGCUGCUACUCUCAUCAUUGUAUGCGAACGUUGAAGAAAGUGAACCUGCGGACCCAAGUGAUGGAGCAACAGAAGAAGGCCGAGGAUUGGGUGACCUUCUACAAGGUGCCGAAGGAGCUGUGGGAGUCGUAUCCGAAGAAAGAGAUUGAUCGCCAGAAUAAUCUCCACGAGAUCGUGACCACCGAGGACUCCUUUAUUGGGCAAUUGGAUGUUCUGCGCGAAUUGUACCGGGAUCAGCUAGCGGGUAUGCAGCCAAGCAUCAUUCCUCCAAAACGCGCAAACAAGUUCUUGAAAGACGUUUUUGGAAAAGUCGAUUUGGUGAAGAGAGUUAAUGAGGAUCACCUCUUGGCCCAGCUGAAGUAUCGCCAGAAAGAACAAGGUCCUUUCAUCGCUGGGUUCAGUGAUAUCUUCCGCGAAUGGAUCCGGAAAGCAAAAGCGGUCUACAUUGACUAUGCGGCAACGUUUCCUCAUGCCAACUAUCUUGUUAGGAGUGAAGCAGAGAGGAACAUCCAAUUCCGGCAAUUCCUUGAGCAGGCCCAGAAUCACAAGUUAUCAAACCGUCUGAGUUGGGACACCUACCUUAAAGCCCCUAUCACCCGAAUUCAGCGAUAUACUUUGUUGCUCGCUACGGUGCAUAAGAACAUGCUUAAGGAUAGCGAGGAAAAGGCAAAUCUGGCGCAAGCGAUUGAGGAGAUUAAGCUGGUAGCCUUGGAAUGCGACAACAAAGUGGGUGAAACAUCUAAGAAGGUUAGUCUUAUGGAACUGUCCGCCAAGCUACAGCUCCGCCCAGAGAUGAAGAGAGAAGUCGAACUGAAUCUGGAGCAUCUGGGGCGUGAAAUUGUCCACCAAGGGAUACUGCAGCGGCCAGGAGUCCGGACUCGUUUCUUACAGGAGACCCAUGCCAUCCUCUUUGACCAUUAUCUGGUGCUGGCCAAGCCGGUUCCCAAGUACAAGGUUUUCGAUGUGUCGAAACUGCCUAUUCCCAUGGAUCUCUUAGUCCUUGAAAGCACCAAUGAAGACCCUGUCGUCAAAUCCUCAGUUAGAGGCGUCGCGACUGUAACUCAGCCUCAGGCCGUGGCCACCCGCGCUGUAGAUGGCAAUGGCGCCAACGCUGCUGGCGCAGCGGCGGGCAAAACAAUCGUUCCCACCACAGUCCUUGAGAAUUCCACAGAUAACAAAAUUCUUUACCCUUUUAAGAUCAAACAUCUGGGGAAGAACGGGACGUACACACUCUAUGCCUCUUCCUCUCAGUCCCGACAGGAUUGGUGCGAGAAGAUCAUUGAGGCGAAAACAAAACAUGCUGCAGCUCUCUUUGCGCAGAAUGCGGAGCCUUUCAGACUCCGCGUUCUUGCAGAUACUGCCUUCGCGUCUUCAGACUAUUCCCCGCCCCCAAAGAGCGUUAUCAUCGAAGGCACACCUCUGGAUCGUGCGAUUAAAGACGUUGAGCAUCGAUUUGCCGACCUUAAGAGACCGGCACCCGUCUGUCGGGCAAGCGUUCACUCUGCCACUGUCUUUCAACAACCUCCUGGUCGUAUGAUGUGUGCAAUUGGGACUGAUAACGGGGUAUAUAUCUCUGAAUAUAAUGAUCCUCGUGGUUGGGUUCGGGCUAUUCAAAUUCCCCGGGUGACCCAGAUUGCCGUCUUUGAAGAAUUCAAUGUAUUCCUACUAAUUGCCGACAAGUCCUUGAUUGCUUACCAUUUGGACGUUGUGUGCCCACCAAGUGGCGUCUCUACCCCAACUACGAGCGACUCGGCUCGCCGAGCACCGCAGAAAAUAUCAGGGAGUCGUGAAGUGGGCUUCUUCGCUGCAGGACACAUGAAGGAUCGCACAUUGGUGAUGUAUAAAAAGCGAGAUGGACUGUCCUCGACUUUUAAGAUUAUGGAGCCAGUCCUGCAGAAGUCAUCAACGAGCAAGAGUCGUUUCUUCUCCCGUCGUUCGCAAACUGAAUUCUUCCGCGAAUACGACGAGUUCUACAUCCCGGCAGAAAGCUACAGCAUCAAUAUGUUCCAUUCAUCCCUGGCAAUUUCCACGCAGCGCGGCAUUGAGAUUCUUACAAUUGAUAAGAAACAGACUUGGUCUGUUCCUGAUUUCCGCUCAGAGGCUCCAGAAGCGCAAGCCCAGCUCACCAGUAUCGCCGCCCGUAUUGCCAAUCUACGCCCACUGGGUAUGUUCCGUCUCAGUGAUAGUGAGUUCUUGGUUGUGUACGCUGAGUGCGCGGUUUACGUGAAUAAACAUGGAGACGUGUCACGUAGUGUGGUCAUGGAGUUUGUCGGACAUGCCCAUACGGCCUGUCUCUAUGGCAAGUUCCUGAUACUAUUCAACGAAGACUUCGUCGAGGUGCGCAAUGCAAUGAAUGGUCGAUUGCGUCAGGUCAUCCCGGGACAUGGUGUCGUUUGUCUUGAUGAUGGCAGCAGCAUGCCCGGGUCCGGAGCAAAUAGUAUUCCCACCACAACAGGCGGCACGGUGAACCUGUCCAGCGGAUUGUCCAACGGCGUUGCCCUGGCAAACAAUGGCCGUACAGUCAAGAUCUGCAUGCAGCAUCCGGAGUACGAACGGAACCAGAUUAUUCUCGAAUUAAUUGAGAACGAAGGACAGAAGGACUAG